AUGACAGACUUGGAAACUGCUGCCUUGAAAGAAGAGUUCUUGACUCAAAGCUCCCGAGAGGAGGGGUGCACCACGCUGCAUGGGGCCCACGAGGAGCGCCAGGGUCUGUCAGCAGGCCGAGGGCCUGAGGCCCGAGCACCUGCACUUCUGUCGAGCUCCCUGGAGAUACGCAUGCUGCCGGCCCAGGAAGUACACUCUGUAAACCACCGAGGCACGUCCAGGAGAACCUCUCCCAGGAGGGAGCACCACUCGCCGCUCCCCGCUGCACCACGGGGGCUGCGCGAGGACCGGCUGCACGCGUGGACCGGAGCUCUCAUGGGCAACACUGGCCGUCUCGGGGCCGCCAGCGCAGCGCGGGCCGCCGCGGAGCCCCCAGCCUCCGGCCAGCGAUACCGGCCCGGCAGAGCCCUGGCCCAGGACGGCCCCCUGAGCGCGCACAGGUGUAUUACCUUUGGGCCUCAUCCCCGGCCCCCUCCCGCCGCCCCGCCCCCGGCCCCUCCCUACCGCCCAGCCCCUGGCUAUAGUCCGGGGCACCCCCGACCGCCUCCCGCACCUUUCCGUCCUCGGCUCUUGCGCCGAGAGCAGAACCCGCGCCCCGCCGGCCCAGGCUGCGCCCAUGCACGUGCGUGUGUCUUGCGCACCGAGGCUGCCCGCCUAGCUGCCCGGGCUCCGCGCCUCCGGCUCCGACCGGCUCUCAGGAGGGUGGUCUUCCAUCGGCCCGGCAGCCGUCCACCUCUCCCGCGCCCCGGGCCGGGGUCGCCUGCAGCGGUGGAAGGAAGGGCGGGAACCCUGAAGCCUCGCCUGCUCCGAGGUCUGAGGAGGAAACUACUCGUGCCGCCGAGCCAAGUGGACGACCUUCGCUCCGGCCCCCUCGUCCCGGCCCUUUUCACCUGCAGGCGGACCUGGGAGCUCGCGCAGGUGCGGCGCAGGGUGGGUCCGGGACACGGCGCGUGCGGGGCUCAGUGGCAGUGGCAGGGCGCUGCGGGCCGGCGCAGCCUUCCCCCAGGCCGAGCGGGAGCAGCUGCCGGCCCCACCCGAUGCCCCGGACACGUGGCGCCGGAGACCCCGGGCUGUCCCCCUCCCCUGACCGCGGGCGGGCAACUCCGAGGGCGACGUGCUCUGGCCGCGCGGGUGCCGGCGGAGACGCGGGUCUCCAGCUGUUGCAAGUACCGCCCACCCCCUUUAAGCCGGGGAGCGGACCUUCUCUUUAGCCUGGAUUGGGGCGGGGGACGUCGGGGCGCGGGGCGGGGUCGGGAAGAGGAGUCUCUGACCCUGGGCCGUGGGGCAGCCGGCGGAGAGCCUGCUCCCAGAGUUUGCUGCCCGCGAGGUCGCAGAUCCCGCCCAGGCCGGUCGGCUUCGGCGGCUCUAGGCUGGAAGCAGGUGCUGUCGCAGGACAUCAAAACGGGACUCCACUGCCCGCUGGUCCUCACCCUCCUGCAGCUGCCUCUGGGGGCGCAGCUGUCCCCCAGGAGGGCCAAGAGCUAG